AUGAGUGAAUACAUUCACUUCAGAUAUAAACCACAGAUUCUUGUGAAGCAAAGAAUACAAAGAGGAAAGGAAUUUGUUGCAUGCUCAGAGUGUGGAAAGAGAUUCAGUCACAGUUCCCAACUUCAGCGGCACCAGAGAACUCACACAGGGGAGAAACCUUUUGAAUGCUCAGAAUGUGGAAAGAGAUUCAGUCGCAGUGGCAGCCUUCAACUGCAUCAGAGAACCCACACAGGAGAGAAACCUUUUGAAUGCUCAGAGUGUGGAAAGAGAUUCAGUCACAGUUCCCAACUUCAGCGGCACCAGAGAACUCACACAGGGGAGAAAGCUUUUGAAUGCUCAGAGUGUGGAAAGAGAUUCAGAGAGAGUGGCACUCUUAAACGCCAUCAGACAACCCACACAGGGGAGAAACCUUUUGCAUGCUCACAAUGUGGAAAGAGAUUCAGUCGCAGUGGCAGCCUUCAACUGCAUCAGAGAACCCACACAGGAGAGAAACCUUUUGAAUGCUCAGAGUGUGGAAAGAGAUUCAGUGACAGGAGAUGUCUUCAACCGCACCAGGGAACCCACACAGGAGAGAAACCUUUUGAAUGCUCAGAGUGUGGAAAGAGAUUCAGUGACAGGAGAUGUCUUCAACUGCACCUGAGAAUUCACACAGGGGAGAAAUCUUUUGAAUGCAGAGAGUGUGGAAAGAGAUUCAGUCAGUGUAGCAAACUUAAAAUGCAUCAGAGAACUCACACAGGGGAGAAGCCUUUUGAAUGCUUCGAGUGUGGAAAGAGAUUCACUCUGAGUAGCAGUCUUCAACUGCAUCAGAGAACUCACACAGGGGAGAAACCUUUUGAAUGUGGAGAGUGUGGAAAGCGAUUCAGUCACCGUAGCAAUCUUCAACAGCAUCAGAGAACCCACACAGGGAAGACACCUUUUGAAUGCUCAGAGUGUGGAAAGAGAUUCAGUGACAGGAGAGGUCUUAAACGGCAUCAGAGAACCCACACAGGGGAGAAACCUUUUGAAUGCUCAGAAUGUGGAAAGAGAUUCAGUCUCAGUUCCCAUCUUCUGCAGCACCAGAGAACUCACACAGGGGAGAAACCUUUUGAAUGCUCAGAGUGUGGAAAGAGAUUCAGCAGGAAUGGCAAUCUUCAAGAGCAUCAGAGAACCCACACAGGGGAGAAACCUUUUGAAUGUGGAGAGUGUGGAAAGAACUUUUAUCACAGUUCCCAACUUCAGCGGCACCAGAGAACUCACACAGGGGAGAAACCUUUUGAAUGCUCAGAAUGUGGAAAGAGAUUCAGUCGCAGUGGCAGCCUUCAACUGCAUCAGAGAACCCACACAGGAGAGAAACCUUUUGAAUGCUCAGAGUGUGGAAAGAGAUUCAGUCACAGUUCCCAACUUCAGCGGCACCAGAGAACUCACACAGGGGAGAAAGCUUUUGAAUGCUCAGAGUGUGGAAAGAGAUUCAGAGAGAGUGGCACUCUUAAACGCCAUCAGACAACCCACACAGGGGAGAAACCUUUUGCAUGCUCACAAUGUGGAAAGAGAUUCAGUCGCAGUGGCAGCCUUCAACUGCAUCAGAGAACCCACACAGGAGAGAAACCUUUUGAAUGCUCAGAGUGUGGAAAGAGAUUCAGUGACAGGAGAUGUCUUCAACCGCACCAGGGAACCCACACAGGAGAGAAACCUUUUGAAUGCUCAGAGUGUGGAAAGAGAUUCAGUUACAGGAGAUGUCUUCAACUGCACCUGAGAAUUCACACAGGGGAGAAAUCUUUUGAAUGCAGAGAGUGUGGAAAGAGAUUCAGUCAGUGUAGCAAACUUAAAAUGCAUCAGAGAACUCACACAGGGGAGAAGCCUUUUGAAUGCUUCGAGUGUGGAAAGAGAUUCACUCUGAGUAGCAGUCUUCAACUGCAUCAGAGAACUCACACAGGGGAGAAACCUUUUGAAUGUGGAGAGUGUGGAAAGCGAUUCAGUCACCGUAGCAAUCUUCAACAGCAUCAGAGAACCCACACAGGGAAGACACCUUUUGAAUGCUCAGAGUGUGGAAAGAGAUUCAGUGACAGGAGAGGUCUUAAACGGCAUCAGAGAACCCACACAGGGGAGAAACCUUUUGAAUGCUCAGAAUGUGGAAAGAGAUUCAGUCUCAGUUCCCAUCUUCUGCAGCACCAGAGAACUCACACAGGGGAGAAACCUUUUGAAUGCUCAGAGUGUGGAAAGAGAUUCAGCAGGAAUGGCAAUCUUCAAGAGCAUCAGAGAACCCACACAGGGGAGAAACCUUUUGAAUGUGGAGAGUGUGGAAAGCGAUUCAGUCACCGUAGCAAUCUUCAACAGCAUCAGAGAACCCACACAGGGAAGACACCUUUUGAAUGCUCAGAGGGAUUACAGUGUGGAAAGAGAUUCAGUCACAGUUCCCAACUUCAGCGGCACCAGAGAACUCACACAGGGGAGAAACCUUUUGAAUGCUCAGAAUGUGGAAAGAGAUUCAGUCGCAGUGGCAGCCUUCAACUGCAUCAGAGAACCCACACAGGAGAGAAACCUUUUGAAUGCUCAGAGUGUGGAAAGAGAUUCAGUCACAGUUCCCAACUUCAGCGGCACCAGAGAACUCACACAGGGGAGAAAGCUUUUGAAUGCUCAGAGUGUGGAAAGAGAUUCAGAGAGAGUGGCACUCUUAAACGCCAUCAGACAACCCACACAGGGGAGAAACCUUUUGCAUGCUCAGAAUGUGGAAAGAGAUUCAGUCGCAGUGGCAGCCUUCAACUGCAUCAGAGAACCCACACAGGAGAGAAACCUUUUGAAUGCUCAGAGUGUGGAAAGAGAUUCAGUGACAGGAGAUGUCUUCAACCGCACCAGGGAACCCACACAGGAGAGAAACCUUUUGAAUGCUCAGAAGAGUGUGGAAAGAGAUUCAGUCAGUGUAGCAAACUUAAAAUGCAUCAGAGAACUCACACAGGGGAGAAGCCUUUUGAAUGCUUCGAGUGUGGAAAGAGAUUCACUCUGAGUAGCAGUCUUCAACUGCAUCAGAGAACUCACACAGGGGAGAAACCUUUUGAAUGUGGAGAGUGUGGAAAGCGAUUCAGUCACCGUAGCAAUCUUCAACAGCAUCAGAGAACCCACACAGGGAAGACACCUUUUGAAUGCUCAGAGUGUGGAAAGAGAUUCAGUGACAGGAGAGGUCUUAAACGGCAUCAGAGAACCCACACAGGGGAGAAACCUUUUGAAUGCUCAGAAUGUGGAAAGAGAUUCAGUCUCAGUUCCCAUCUUCUGCAGCACCAGAGAACUCACACAGGGGAGAAACCUUUUGAAUGCUCAGAGUAGUGUGGAAAGAGAUUCAGUCACAGUUCCCAACUUCAGCGGCACCAGAGAACUCACACAGGGGAGAAACCUUUUGAAUGCUCAGAAUGUGGAAAGAGAUUCAGUCGCAGUGGCAGCCUUCAACUGCAUCAGAGAACCCACACAGGAGAGAAACCUUUUGAAUGCUCAGAGUGUGGAAAGAGAUUCAGUCACAGUUCCCAACUUCAGCGGCACCAGAGAACUCACACAGGGGAGAAAGCUUUUGAAUGCUCAGAGUGUGCAAAGAGAUUCAGAGAGAGUGGCACUCUUAAACGCCAUCAGACAACCCACACAGGGGAGAAACCUUUUGCAUGCUCACAAUGUGGAAAGAGAUUCAGUCGCAGUGGCAGCCUUCAACUGCAUCAGAGAACCCACACAGGAGAGAAACCUUUUGAAUGCUCAGAGUGUGGAAAGAGAUUCAGUGACAGGAGAUGUCUUCAACUGCACCAGGGAACCCACACAGGAGAGAAACCUUUUGAAUGCUCAGAGUGUGGAAAGAGAUUCAGUGACAGGAGAUGUCUUCAACUGCACCUGAGAAUUCACACAGGGGAGAAAUCUUUUGAAUGCAGAGAGUGUGGAAAGAGAUUCAGUCAGUGUAGCAAACUCAAAAUGCAUCAGAGAACUCACACAGGGGAGAAGCCUUUUGAAUGCUUCGAGUGUGGAAAGAGAUUCACUCUGAGUAGCAGUCUUCAACUGCAUCAGAGAACUCACACAGGGGAGAAACCUUUUGAAUGUGGAGAGUGUGGAAAGCGAUUCAGUCACCGUAGCAAUCUUCAACAGCAUCAGAGAACCCACACAGGGAAGACACCUUUUGAAUGCUCAGAGUGUGGAAAGAGAUUCAGUCACAGUGGCACUCUUCAAAGGCAUCAAAGAACCCACACAGGGGAGAAACCUUUUGAAUGCUCAGAAUGUGGAAAAAGAUUCAGUUGCAGUUUCCAUCUUUGGCGGCACCAGAGAACUCACACAGGGGAGAAACCUUUUGAAUGCUCAGAGUGUGGAAAGAGAUUCAGCACGAAUGGCAAUCUUCAAGAGCAUCAGAGAACCCACACAGGGGAGAAGCCUUUUGAAUGCUCAGAGUGUGGAAAGAGAUUCAGUCGCAGUUGCACUCUUCAACGGCACCAGAGAACCCACACAGGAGAGAAACCUUUUGAAUGCUCAGAGUGUGGAAAGAAAUUCACUCUGAAUAGCAGUCUUCAACUGCAUCAGAGAACCCACACAGGAGAGAAACCUUUUGAAUGUGGAGAGUGUGGAAAGCGAUUCAGUCACCGUAGCAAUCUUCAACAGCAUCAGAGAACCCACACAGGGAAGACACCUUUUGAAUGCUCAGAGGGAUUACAGAGCCACAUGGGGCAGGCUGUCUUUCCAGAAUCUGAAGUGACCCAAGAGAAGGGGAAAGAGAUGGAAGAGGUGGAGCCAGAAGGACCUGGAAAUGACCAGAGAUCAAGUUAUGGUCCCCGUCUCUUCCAAGCAGGGAGUGGUGUUGAAUUCUGGGAAAGUGCUGUGCCAGAGGUCCUGGCUAAGAAUACCCUGACCUCAGAAGUAUGUUGCCAAUGUUUUCGGCAGUUCCGCUACCAUGAGGCCGAAGGGCCCCGCGAGAUGUGGGCACCAUCCAUGGAAGCAGAGGCUACGUUCCUUGAGAUGAAAGGAGCUUCAUUGGAUCAAGGGCAGACAACGCAGGCGCAGGAGCGUACCCAAGAGGCCUUCUCCUGUGAGGAUGAUCAGAGGAAUGAGGAGGGUGAAGGACUUUUUCAGCAAAUGCCAGAUAGACUUAAAAAUGAAGACUUAAAAGAAAACAUCAUCGGUAAUCGAGGCAGACCGAAGACAAAUAAAGGCGGCUGUAUGGUGGAGAAGCACAAGAUAAUGAAUGCGAGUAAAUCAAUUCUGUGGGCAGAGUACUUCAGAAAUAGAUCACAGCUCCUUGUGCACCAAAGAACUCACACAGAGGAGAAACUUUUUGAAUGCUCAGUGUGUGGAAAGAGAUUCAGUACAAAAGGUAGUCUUCAGCUGCAUCAGAGUACCCACACAGGGGAGAAACCUUUUGAAUGCUCAGAGUGUGGAAAGAGAUUUAGUCGGAAUGGUACUCUUCAACUGCACCUCAGAAUCCACAUAGGGGAGAAACCUUUUGAAUGCUCAGAGUGUGGAAAGAGAUUCAAUCACAGUGGCAAUCUUAAACGGCAUAAAAUAACUCAUACAGAGGAGAAACCUUUUGAAUGCUUAGAGUGUGGAAAGAGAUUCAGUUGGAGUUCGGAUUGUCAACGACACCAGACAAUCCACACAGGGGAGAAACCUUUUGAAUGCUCAGAGUGUGGAAAGAGGUUCAGUCAGCGUGGUUAUCUUCAGCUGCAUGAAAGAACCCACACAGGGGAGAAACCUUUUGAAUGCUCAGACUGUGGGAAGAGAUUCAAUACAAGUGGUAGUCUUCAGCGGCAUCAACGAAUCCACACCGGGGAGAAACCUUUUGAAUGCUCAGAGUGCGGAAAGAGAUUUAGUCGGAGUGGCCAUCUUCAACUACAUGAAAGAAUUCACACAGGGGAGAAACCUUUUGAGUGCUCAGAGUGUGGAAAGAGAUUCAAUACAAGCGGUAGUCUUCACCUGCAUGGAAGAACCCACACAGGAGAGAAACCUUUUGAAUGCUCAGAUUGUGGAAAGAGAUUCAGUAACAGUGGCAAUCUUCAAGUCCACCAACGAAACCACACAGGGGAGAAACCUUUUCAGUGCUCAGUGUGUGGAAAGAGAUUCAGCACAAGCAGUAAGCUUCUAAUGCACCAUAGAAUCCACACAGGAGAGAAACCUUUUGAAUGCUGAGCAUGUAGAAAGAGAUUCAGUUAGAAUUGCAGUCUUCAACAGCAU